AUGCUGACCCUUCUUGCAGACUCCGAGGCACCCAUCAUCGUGCUCUCGGCUAAAAAGCACUUUGAACAAUUGCCCACCAAUGAGGCUAAACUCUAUGCCCAUUAUCUUUCCAGAGCUUCCCACUGGGGUUCAAGAGCUGUCUUGAGAUCUGUGUCUCCAGAGAGUGAGGCCAUUUUUGAUUUGGUCUUGGGCUUGCACGUGGCAUUGGGACUGCCAGAAUCCAACGAGAAGUACCAGGAGGUUUUGAAGCCUGUUGCAGCCGAAUCGGUGACCCACUACCUCGAGUACGCUUCCCAGUUCUUGGGCAACUUGGGUAACUUCAAGUCCUUCGGUGACAGCAAAUUCGUUCCUAAGGUUCUGGAAUCCGACUUCACCGCUAUCGUCAAGGCUGCUGGCAAACAGGAGCUCGUGGACUUGUACGAGACCGUCAAGGAGGCUAUCUACUCGACUAACCCCGCAUUGUUGGGUUGGCCUGAAAAGGGCCAAUUGUCCAACUACUACCCUAACAGUGCUUCUGUCAUCACCAAGGACGAGAUCGAGGCCAUCAAUGCCGCCUUGGCUGACCGUUCCAUCAUGCCUGAGAACACCAGAGUGACCAAGAAGUCCGAUAAGGAAUUUGUGGUUCUCGUGGCCAGUGCUUUGACCGACAACACCGUGGACUACUACCCUAAGGAGGCCAUUGAGCUCGCUCUGGGUGCUCGCGUUACGAUCCAGUUCGGUGACCACUCCAAGGAGUUUGCUGAGAUCAUCAAGAACAUCAGGGCGGCUGGAAAGUACGCCGCCAACGACACACAGAAGAAGAUGAUUGAGUACUACGCUCAAUCGUUUGAAACCGGCUCCAUGAAGGCCCACAAGGACUCGCAGAUCCAGUGGGUCAAGGACUUGGGUCCUCUGGUCGAGUCCAACAUCGGCUUCAUUGAGACCUACAGAGACCCCUCGGGUGUUCGUGGUGAGUGGGAAGGUUUGGUGGCCAUGGUGAACCAGGACAGAACGGCCAAGUUUGCCACUUUGGUCGAAAACGCCGGUACCUUGAUUCCAUACUUGCCUUGGGACCACUUCUACGAGAAGGACACUUUUGUGCCUCCAGACUUCACCUCCUUAGAGGUGUUGACCUUCUCCGGAUCUGGUGUUCCAGCCGGUAUCAACAUUCCUAACUACGACGACGUCAGAUUGAAUGUUGGUUUCAAGAACGUCUCCUUGGGUAAUGUGUUGAGCGCCAACCCCAAAAAGCCAAAGAAGGAAGAGGUGAUCAGCUUUGUCUCGGCUUCUUUGCAGGAGAAGUUCCGCAAGUGGAGAGACGACUCUUUUGAAGUCCAGGUGGGCUUGCAUGAGUUGUUGGGCCACGGUACAGGUAAAUUGUUACAGGAGACUUCUCCAGGCCAGUUCAACUUUGACAAGGCUGCCCAUCCCGAGCUUUCCACCUACUACAAGCCCAGCGAGACGUGGGGUUCUUUGUUCGGCACCACAGCUGGCUCUUUCGAAGAGUGCCGUGCCGAAUUGGUCGCCUUGUACCUUAUCUUGUUCAAGCCACUUGAGGUUUUGCCAAUUUUCGGCAUCACGGACGCCCAGGACCAAAAGGACGUCAAGCUUAUCGCUACGCUCUUGAUGGCCCGUGCUGGUGUUAUUGGUCUCGAGUUCUGGGACCCCGAAUCGAAGAAGUGGGGACAGCCUCACAUGCAAGCCCGUUUCGGUAUUUUCAAGAGCUUGCACAAGGCCGGUGUCGUGUCGCUCAAGUACGACGACAAGGAGACGUUCGACGACUUGGAGAUCGUGGUGGACGAGUCCAAGUUGGACAAGGAAGCCGUGGAGGCACUCGGAGACUUCUUGCACAAGUUGCACGUUUUCAAGUGCUCCGCCAACGUCAAGGAAGGUGUGGCUUUCUACAGCGACAUCACAGGUGUUACCGAAGACUACGCCAAAUACAGGGACGUCGUACUCAAAAAGAAGCAGCCUCGUAAACAGCUCAUCCAGGCCAACACGUUCUUGAACAGUGACGGCAGCAUCGAGGUCCGCGAGUACGAGGAGUCGGAGGUCGGCAUGAUCCAGUCGUUCGUUGACCGUGCCAUUUAA